GUCAGCCGUUGUCAUGGUAACGGGGACGCGGUGGGUGAACUUCAGAUAUCAACGUAGCAUUUUCCUAUUGUUAUCAUUUUCCUUCUCUACUCUCCAGCCCCGACCCCUAAAAGAGUAGUGUGUGAGGUAACUUCGUCCUAAUAUUUCAAAUCAACUAAACAGUUUACAAAAUGAAGAAAAAAUGAGUAUAAUUUGGGAACGGUAUAUAGGAGUGAGAGAUGAGUGAUAUAGGCAGUGUGGAGGUGAGAGCUAUCGCCUCCUUCCUCAAAUCUCCUCACGACCCUGAGGACGAAGAUGAUGACGUCACACAUACCUCCGUCUCAGGAGUGACUCCAGCUGAUCUGGUCACUGGCUCUUACCUCACUAAGGCACCAGCCAAGGUCACCAAUUUACCACCAGAGGUCACCAGGCUGUCAACCAAGGUCAACCCUGCCAAUAGUGACUUACUGGGUGACAUCUGGGAGGUGGAGGAGGUGAGGUCAAGUCAGGGUGAGGAAGUCAGUGACCCUCGACCCCAGCCUGAGUAUGAUGUCACUUACAAGCACCGUGUGUCAGCCGCCCAUGUGUACCUUCCGGUAAGCAGUAUGGUCAUGGGUGGUGCGGGGGAGGAGGACCUGGUGGUGAGGGUGGUGCUGCCAGGGGCUCACCUCAUGGAAGUGACCCUCGAAGUGACACCUACUGAUCUACGACUGGCAUCUCCCACCCACUACCUCCACCUGCACCUCCCCCGCCCUGUACACCAGCAAAAGGGAGUGGCUACGUGGGACCCUUCCACCCACACCCUCACCAUUACCCUCCCCACUGCCCACCCCCUACUCCUGACACCCACCACCACCACCAUUCACUGAUCCCACUGAAAAUCCUGUCAAUUACCUGUAUAUCAAUAGCCUUUCCACACCCACAAUCUUCCAUAACCAUACCAACAAACUUCCGUACACACACCCACAAUCUUCAAAGGCUAAUAAUAAUAAUGGAUUUGAAAUGCCAGAUAUACUGUACUAUAUGAAUGCUUCAGUGCGUGAACUUAAUUGACUUGGGGAAGGAAAACUGUACUUUGAAUGUUAUUAUAUUUGUCGAGUUUGAUAUAUAUAAUUUAAGGUACAGUAACCUUAUUGGAACCUGUUAAAAAAUAAUAAUUGUUCUAACAAGUUUAAUGAAUUCUUUUAAAAGUACUGUUUAUGUUAUUCACAGUUUAUACUACAAGAUAUGAAUGAGUUACCUAUCAUCAGAGAAUAAGUUAAUAUAAAGAUUUUGUUUUAUAGAAAGUGUUGAUCUUGUACUUUGAUAUAGCUAUCAUUGAUGUUAUUUUAUAAGAUAAAUUUACUUAUGUUAUAAAGAGGUUAUAAAAAAAUAGAUUUUUUAGACUAUAUAUAGAUAAAUGUUGCUUUUGUGUAUAGUGAAAAUGUUAUGCUUUAUAUAGGUCUUGCUCAGUAGUAAGGUUCAGCCAGUUAAAAAAUCAGACCGUGUUGGUGAAAAUGUUUUGGCUUUUAAGGCAUGACGUACAGUACAGAGGAAGGUAACAACAGGAGUCGGUGUUCAUUUUGAAAUUCAUCGGACUCAUUUCUAGAUACUUUUUGGAGAGAGCGUAUAUAGCAAUCAAAGGUUUAAAUUAUACUGUACUGUAUGUCUUUAACUUCCAUUAUUGGUAAUAUGUUGUUGUUGCUUUAAACAGUUCUGAUAUGUAGAAUGUAUCCGUGCUAUUAACCUGAAAAAAUAAUAAGGUUUUAGUUGCUCACAUUUUAACUUAAUUCUAAUCUAAACAUGAGGAGUUGGAAUGAUGACAAGCCCUUCACCUCAAAAGUUGUUUUUUUCUCUUAGUGCUCAGCAUAAAUGUUGAUUGAUAGAUACAGUACAGUACAUAGUACAGUACAGUAAUUGCUAAACAUAAGAAAAUGAUGUACAGCAUACAGUACUGUGCAGUUGGUACAUUACCUCAUUUGAGGGUGGUCAGGGCUUGCCUCAGGGGUGAGGAGGGAUGGGCUGAUAUGGAUUUUCUAUCAGACCAUCAUUCAGAAAAAUAUGGAUCACUUUGGUAUUGUAAAAAUGAGUGAGAAUAAAUUUUUCAGCCAAGAGAAUUUUCGUAUUGCGAACAUUUGGACAACAAGGGAUACCUGUAGUACUGCACUUACGUAAAAUGUCUAGACACAAACACAACAGUUCACACCAUCCCCAUUUUAUUCAAUUGGUUAUUGGAAAAAAAAUAAAACAACUGUGUAUAGAAAAACUUUAAUAAUUUAUUAAAUCUUAACAAAAUACAAUGAUAAUCCACCACUGAAUAUAUAAAAUAAAAAAUAAAAGCAAUGAUGUUCUUACAACAGCCUAUUUCAUGCUACAAUUAGAUAUACUGUAUACCUUUAAUAAAGGCAUAAAAAAAUUCAAUUGACACACUUCAUAAGGCAUGUGUGCCAGGCUUGAGUAGGCUUUGUGCGUAAGUUAGCAUAACAUAACGGUCUCUGAAAGACACCUUCAGAGACAUAACUCAGGUUAGACUGCAAAAUGUUGCUAUUUCCUCAUUAGUAAACCAAUUUCAUGGUUAAAGCAUAUAAAAACUAUCCUAUCAGUGUUUAUUGUAAGUAAAAACCCUAUCUCCAUAAUCCUCCAGUAAAAAUUAUCACAAUAGGAAAAAAAAAA